AUGCAGGCCGUGCCAAGCUCUGUACAAAACAACUCUCAAUCCCGAUCUGUUCAAAUCUAUCUAUCUAAAUCUGUUCAAACCUAUCUAUCUCAAUCUGUCCAAUCAUAUCUAUCUAUCUAUCUAUCUAUCUAUCUAUCUAUCUAUCUAUCUAAGUCUGCGCAAACCUAUCUCAAUCUGUUCAAACCUAUCUCAAUCUGUCUAAUAACAUCUAUCUAUCUAUCUAUCUAUCUAUCUAUCUAUCUAUCUAUCUAUCUAUCUAUCUCAGUCUGCUCAAACAUGUCUCAAUCUGUUCAAAUCUAUCUAUCUAUCUAUCUAUCUAUCUAUCUAUCUAUCUAUCUAUCUAUCUAUCUAUCUAAAAUAAUCAGCACUCUCGUUCUCUUCCUCUCUUUCCCUCCUAUCUCCCUCCCUUCUCUCUCUAUCCGUCAUUCAAGUUUCAUUCUUUAUUUGCUAUCUAUCUAUCUAGAUACAUCAGUCUCUUUAUAUCUGUCUCAGUCUGUUCAUAUCUAUCUAUCUAUCUAUCUAUCUAUCUAUCUAUCUAUCUAUCUAUCUCUUUCAGUUUUUCUUCAUAUCUAUCUAUAUGUCUAUCUAUCGAUAUAUUCCUUUAAUAUCUAUCUAUCUAUCUAUUCAGUCUUUGUUCAUAUCAUCUAUCUAUCUAUCUAUCUAUCUAUCUAUCUAUCUAUUCAGUCUUUGUUCAUAUCUAUCUAUCUAUCUAUCUAUCUAUCUAUCUAUCUAUCUAUCUUAGUCUUUGUUCAUAUCUAUCUAUUUCAGUCUUUGUUCAUAUCUAUCUAUCUAUCUAUCUAUCUAUCUAUCUAUUCAGUCUUUGUUCAUAUCUAUCUAUCUAUCUAUCUAUCUAUCUUAGUCUUUGUUCAUAUCUAUCUAUUUCAGUCUUUGUUCAUAUCUAUCUAUCUAUCUAUCUAUCUAUUCAGUCUUUGUUCAUAUCUAUCUAUCUAUCUAUCUAUCUAUCUAUCUAUCUAUCUAUAUAUUCAGUCUUUGUUCAUAUCUAUCUAUCUAUCUAUCUAUCUAUCUAUCUAUCUAUCUAGUCUUUGUUCAUAUCUAUCUAUCUAUCUAUCUAUCUAUCUAUCUAUCUAUCUAUCUAUUCAGUCUCUAUCUCUUUCAGCCUUUAGGUCUCUGCUGCAUUUCCCGCCUCCCCUACCAAAUUGUUCCCGCCUCUUUGCUCCACACUAA